AUGGAGGCAGAGGAAGAGGAAAGGAGAGAGGAACAAAUACUAGUUCAACAAGGUCAAGUGUUGGUUCUUCUACAACACCAACUAAAUCACAAUCAAGCACAAAGAGAGGACGAGGUCGACCAAGAGGUUAUACAAAAUAGUGCUACUGGAAGGGAAAGAGGAACUGGUUUAACUAGAAGUGGAAGGGGAAGAGGAACUGAAACUGGUAAUGGAACAAGAAUUGGUGUUGCUGCUGAUUGUUCUGGUCCCACUAGAAGGGGAAGAGGGACUGGAACUGAUUUAGCUGGAAGGGAAAGAGGAACAACAACAAGUGUAGCUAGAAGGGAAAGAGGAAGAGGAACUGGUGUAGCUGCUACUGGUACUGAUGUUGCUGGUGCUACUAGAGGGGGGAAGAGGACAAGAAUGGUUGGAAUGGGGAUAUUACAUACACAAAAUGGUUUUACAAUCCACAAUAUAACCUGGAAUGCCUAUGAACUUUUCAUCAGUACUGGACAUCUAGGGCAUUAUAAACAAAGAUCUGAUUUAAAAUGGAAAGGAAAGGCUGAUGUAACUCAACAAGGUCUUCAAGAGAUGAGAGAAAACAAAAGAAGGAGAACAAGAUGUGACUGCAUUAGUUUGAUAUUUUUACUGUCUCUUUUUGAAACAAUUGUUCAACCAGUUGUGCAUUACUUUAAUGGGUACAGUUAUGCAGUUGUGACUGCAAUAAUGUGA